UUUUUGGAUCCCGAAUUGGGGACCGAAAGCAUUUCUGGGCGUGAAAACUGAAAAGGUCAAAUAGUUGAUUCCCAACAGAGCCUGAACUCAGCUCAAAAGUUCAGUGUUAUUUCCUUCAAUUCUUUCGUACAAAACCUUGAGGCAUCCCGACUGUAUAUUAGGACUACAAAUCAGUCAUGCAGGUCCAAUGCACCUGGACAUUCCCUCAAAUGCGCUUCAGGCACUCGACAUCGACAUUUCUUUCCUUGUCAAAGCAUCUGAGUGAGAGCUUCAGUGUUAGAAUUGGGAGCGGAAGAGGAAGGAGCUGUGGUUACCCAUCUUUCGUGCCCACCAUGUCCACCGUUUCGACUGAGAAAGACACUGUUUCUACUCCUAGCGAGUCGAUCCAGAAGACCCCUCAGCCUUUGCAGGAUGUUGCUGAGUUGGGUGUAUCACUGGUGCUGCUGCUAUUACCCUCCCGCGAGUCCAGCAUGGGAAACAGGGUUGCAAAGCGCUUGGAGAAGUUCAAGACGACGAUUUUCACUCAAAUGAGUAAUCUUGCCAUCAAGCAUGGGGCAAUAAACCUUGGUCAGGGCUUUCCCAACUUUGAUGGCCCUGAGUUUGUAAAGGAAGCAGCAAUUCAAGCCAUCAAUGAUGGAAAAAACCAAUAUGCUCGUGGAUAUGGGGUCCCAGAAUUAAACAAUGCCAUUGCUGAACGGUUCAAGAAAGAUACUGGACUUUCAGUUGACCCUGAGAAGGAAAUUACAGUUACCUCUGGGUGCACAGAGGCGAUUGCUGCUACUAUUCUAGGGUUGAUAAAUCCCGGUGAUGAGGUGAUCCUCUUUGCUCCUUUUUAUGAUUCAUAUGAAGCUACUCUCUCCAUGGCUGGUGCCAAUGUCAAAUGUGUAACAUUGCGCCCUCCAGAUUUUGCUGUCCCCAUCAAUGAACUGAAGUCUGCAAUCUCGAAGAAUACACGUGCAGUACUUAUAAACACUCCACAUAACCCAACUGGAAAGAUGUUCACCAGAGAAGAACUGAAUGUGAUUGCAUCUCUCUGCAUUGAAAAUGAUGUUUUGGUUUUCACCGAUGAAGUUUAUGAUAAGUUGGCUUUUGAAAUGGAUCACAUUUCCAUGGCAUCUCUUCCUGGAAUGUUUGAGCGUACAGUCACCAUGAAUUCCUUGGGGAAGACAUUCUCCUUGACAGGAUGGAAAAUUGGAUGGGCAAUAGCUCCCCCGCAUUUGACAUGGGGAGUGAGGCAGGCACAUGCUUUCCUCACUUUUGCUACUUCCACUCCAAUGCAGUGGGCAACAUCAGUAGCACUUAGAGCCCCAGACUCUUACUAUGAGGAGCUCAAGAGAGACUACAUGACAAAGAAAGCAAUUUUAGUGGAGGGAUUGGAGGCUGUCGGUUUCAAGGUAUUUCCAUCAAGUGGGACCUACUUUGUGGUUGUAGAUCAUACCCCUUUUGGGCUGGAAAAUGAUAUUGCUUUUUGCGAGUAUCUGAUUGAGGAAGUUGGGGUUGUAGCAAUUCCGACUAGCGUAUUUUACUUGAACCCUGAAGAUGGAAAGAAUCUAGUUCGAUUUACGUUCUGCAAGGAUGAGGAAACUCUGAAGGCUGCAGUUAAGAGGAUGAAGGAGAAGUUGAUGAGAAAGUGAUCCAACUGCAUGAUCACAUGGACUUCCAUUAGUUAGUGAGAUGGUAACGUUCGUGUUGCAAUGUUAAGCAUUUGAGGUUGAACUUAUCCUUCCUUUUACCUAAUUGAAGACAGUUUUUUCUGAACUUUCACAUGGAUUUCCUUCUGCUCCUCUGCUAGAAGAGUAGAAGUAGAUUAGUAUCACUACAAACCUAGAUAGUCAUUAAAUUAUGAUUGUCUGGUCAUGUGGAUCCUUUCUUAUCAUUGCCUCUUAUUGCAAACCUUCCAUUGUUUUGAUGAAGAUGCCUUUUAUUCACAUUCUAUGCCUUUGUUCCCAAUA